CUACAGAUCCAAAGGAUUCGAUGGUAGCUCUGGAUUACUCUAUCUCAAGAUUUGAGAAUGUAUCAUUUUUCUAAUGAAAAGAUGCGUCAAACUUUGAAUUUUUGUCUUAAAUAACUUUUUGUUGACUUGUCUGCCCCAGUUGCUAUCAACCUUAUCUAUGGAUAAAUGGUUUUGCUAGCUUGUAGCAUAACUGGUCCUAUCGUUGACUUUGAGCAUAAGAAAAAAAGUUUCAUUCUUUUUUUCUUGUGAUUAUACUGAGCAUAACUGAUCCUAUCGUUAAUUUGUACCAUAAUAUUGUUCUGUUUUCUGCGAAACAAAAACGAUGGAGGUUGCUUCAUUCGAUCGUACCCGUGAGCUUAAGGCUUUCGAUGAAACCAAUACGGGUGUGAAAGGACUCGUCGAGGCAGGAAUCUCACAGAUUCCACGCAUCUUCCAUCACUCAUCUGCCAACCUAGCAAACCCUAAAUCCCUUCCCUUGGACUUGCUACAUCUCAAGACGAUCCCAACGAUCGAUCUGGGAGGACGGAUCUUUGAAACCUUGAUCGAACGCAAGAACGCGAUUGAAGGGAUUAAAGAAGCAGCAAAGAAGUGGGGUUUCUUCCAGGUGAUCAACCAUGGAGUUUCACUCGAUCUUCUUACGAAGAUGAAAGAUGGAGUUCGUGGGUUUCACGAGCAAUCUCCACAAGUGAGGAAAGAGCUCUACUGUCGCGAUUUGACAAGAAAGUUUCACUAUUCAAGUAAUUUCGAUCUCUACUCUUCUCCAGCAGCAAAUUGGAGAGACACUGUUACUUGUAACAUGGCUCCAGAUCCUCCGAAUCCACAAGAUCUUCCAGAAAUUUUAAGGGAUGUCAUGAUAGAGUAUUCGGAGGAAGUGAUGAAUUUGGGUGAAUUUCUCUUUACGCUACUAUCAGAAGCUUUAGGGUUGAACCCUAAUCACCUUAAUGACAUGGAUUGCUCUAAGGGUAUGGUCAUGCUUGGCCAUUACUACCCACCGUGUCCAGAACCUGACCUAACUUUAGGCACAAGUCAGCACGCCGACAACUCUUUUCUUACCGUCCUUCUUCCAGAUCAGAUCGGAGGCCUUCAGGUACUUCGUGAAGGGUACUGGUUCGAUGUUCCUCAUGUUCCCGGAGCUCUAAUCAUCAACGUCGGAGAUCUCCUACAGCUUAUAACAAACGACAACUUCAUAAGUUUGGAGCAUAGAGUACUGGCGAACAGAGCAACUAGGGCUCGGAUCUCUGUGGCAUGUUUCUUCACCAGCUCCAUGGGACCGAACCCUACACUAUACGGACCCGUUAGAGAGCUUGUGUCCGAAGAAAACCCUCCAAAGUACAGAGAGACCACCAUUAGAGACUACAAUGCUUACUUCAAUGCCAAAGGACUUGACGGAACCUCUGCUUUGGUCCACUUUAAAAUAUGAAACAUGGCGAGCUAGGUACUACUUUCUUACACAUUUACGUCAUGAUAUGUAAAGAUGUUGAGUUGUGUGACAGUGUGAACCACAUGUAGAACUUAUGAAUUAAUAUUGUUAUUUCUGUUUGGAGGUCCAAAUGAAGGUGUGAUCUGAUAUAGUUAAACGAUA